GCGAGACUACUGCAUUUCUCCGGAUCCGGUACCUGCGCCAGUGGCACUGAUCGCGACGCCAUCGACGAAUGGGUCUUCGACAGCGAUGCCUUCUACUAUUAUAGGAACUGGUGGGAGGCACAUUACAAGUAUCAGUGUCCGGGCUGUGGCACCGACUUUCGAUUUGUCAGUGCACUGUGUCAGCAUGUCGCGACCGAUGCGUGUGACUGGAAUCCGGAGCAGACUUUUCAGGACAUU